GCAUGCCCGUGUACGAGGAGAAGCUCCUGUGCCCUCUUGCCAUCCGCUUCACGCAGACUGCCCGCCUCCGCGCCUCCGCUCCGCGUUCCGGGACGGCCGCGGCGUCGAGGCCGCGCGCGCCGAGGUCGGGGCCGCGCCCGGCCGCGGCGGCUACGACGUGGUGCUCGAGGCCCCGUUCCCGAGCAUCGAGGUCGUCCGCUGGGCGCCCGGCCAGCGCAGCCAGGGCGGCGGCAGGUGCGCGUCCAGGUCGGACGGGCAGUCCGAGACCGACUGGGACAGCGGGUCGGACGACCCCGACGACGAGCGGUGGUUCACGUACGACAACCGGCGGCUGUACUGCCUGCAGCAGGCGGCGCUGUCGCAUUGGCCGAAGCGCGUGGCGGCUGUGGUGCAGGUGAUGUACACGUCCAACAGGAACAUGCUCAAGCGGAAGUUCGACAGCCCAUCCCUAGGGAGGGAGGUCGACAUCAUGCGAGUGGGUGAGGACACGCCGUACACCACCUUCAACUGGCGCAGAGCGGUGAUGCUUUCCUCCCGUGGGCGCACGGUUGCCGCUGCGCUGGACGCGGUGGCGGUAGACGAGGAGAAGGGCUCCGUGGCCGAGCUCGCGGACGCGCCGCAGGCGCCGAGCGGCCUGGAGCGGAUGCUGCUCGCCCUCGCGCAGGAGGAGCGGCAGCCCGAGGAGCCGCGGGCCCGCGCCGGGCAG